GCACAGUCAAUCUGCUUUUUUUUUUUUUUUUUUUUGCAGCUGCAGAUUAACACAGCUAUCCCUCUGGAAAAUGUUAAACAUAAGCCAAGGUCUUGCGGGUCACAAGACUUAGCAGCAGGCGGUGGACUGUGACAGCCAGUGUUAAUUCCCCAAACUUUUCUGCCAGACUUGCUGGUGAAGCUGGACGUUUGAAAGGUGCCCCGUUCCCGCGGAAGUCCUGGAAGCGCCCGUUGUCUGAUUGGAACAGGUUACUCGCCCAAACCGGGCUUUUUUUUUUUUUUUUUUUGCUCCUUCCCUAAUCGGCCUGAGAGGCUCUUAAACAAAUGAAGACAGAUGCGUCUUCGUCCGACGAGGAAGUGUUACUCAGCUGAGCCUCCGCGCUGAGGAAAUAGUUGGGGCUGCAAAGGAGAAAAUGAGGAAGCGAGCGCUUCACUCAUCCUGAACCGACCGGCGCUUCAGCAGAGGCGCCCAGCAGGCGUGAGCAGAAAAGAGCCGAGACGUCUGGAAGAAGCGCGUCGAUUUGGGAGCUGGCGCUGAGGUACCGGUAGGGCGGAAGGCGAAGCCUUGCCGCCGAGACGCUGAACGCGCAAACUGACGAGGAUUUCCCUAGGAAGCGCGUCUCACCUCAUAUUCCUUCCCGCCUUUGCAAAGGCAGGGGCUGGAGAAGAGAGACCCCCCCCCUAACCGGAGGUUCCCUCCACCCAUUGGUUUCUCAGGUGUAAUAUAGCCUCAAAAGCAAACAAGCAAAGAGAAGUAGUGGAAAAAAAAUGGCAGGUUCUGAUUCUAUUAGCUACCUGCCCUAUUUUUUUGGCAACAUCACACGUGAAGAAGCUGAAGAUUAUCUGCUGCAAGGAGGACUAAACAACGGACUGUAUUUACUGCGACAGAGCCGAAACUAUCUGGGUGGUUUUGCUUUGUCUCUGGCAUAUAAUGGAAAGGUUUAUCAUUACACCAUUGAGAGGGAAAUUAAUGGCACUUAUGCUAUUACUGGAGGAAAAUCCCACCGGAGUCCUGUAGAACUCAUUGACUACCACUCAGAUGAAAUUGAUGGUCUCAUGUGUUUACUCAGGAAACCAUAUAAUCGGCCGCCAGGAGUAGAACCCAAAACAAGUCAGUUUGAGGACUUAAAGGAAAAUCUAAUCAAAGAAUACGUUAAACAAACCUGGAAUUUAUAUGGACACGCCCUUGAGCAAGCAAUUAUUAGUCAGAAACCACAACUGGAGAAACUGAUUGCUACAACUGCACACUUGAAAAUGCCCUGGUUCCAUGGGAUUAUAUCUCGGGAGGAUUCAGAACAGCGCCUACUUCUGGGUUCAAAGACUAAUGGGAAAUUUUUGAUUAGGGAAAGAGAUAACAAUGGAUCCUAUGCUCUUUGUUUACUCAAUGAAGGAAAGGUACUACAUUACCGCAUUGAUAAAGACAAGAAAGGAAAACUUUCAAUACCAGCUGGAAAGAAAUUUGAUACUUUAUGCCAGCUAGUGGAACAUUAUUCCUACAAAGCAGAUGGACUUCUAAGAAUAAUCACAGAGCCAGUGCGUGAUCCAGAUUUUCAGUCAAGAAAUAGGACAUUACCCCCCAAAGUUCCUAAGCCUCGCAACUCCACGACUUGGACAACGGGUGGAAUUAUCACCAGAAUCAAAUCAUAUACUUUCCCAAAGCCAGGAAGUCACAAGCCAUCUUUCUCUAUUCCUGGCCAGAGAGAUGAUUCUGCACUGCUUGCAAUGUUUAACAAUUAUGCACCCUCAUGGGCAAAACGAGGUGAAGAGAGGGAACCUUUGCCUAUGGAUACAGAAGUUUAUGAAAGUCCAUAUGCAGAUCCAGAAGAAGUGAAAGCUAAAAAUGUCACUCUUGACCGAAAUUUACUGACUUUGGAAGAAAAAGAACUUGGUUCUGGUAAUUUUGGUACAGUAAAAAAAGGCACUUAUGAAAUGAAAAAAGGAAAGAAAACUGUGGCUGUGAAAAUUCUCAAAAAUGAAAGUAAUGAUCCAGCAAUAAAAGAUGAACUCCUAAGAGAAGCAAAUGUAAUGCAACAACUUGAUAACCCGUAUAUUGUCCGAAUGAUUGGGAUAUGUGAAGCUGAAUCUUGGAUGUUAGUAAUGGAAAUGGCUGAGCUUGGCCCCUUGAAUAAAUAUCUGUUAAAACAUGGAGAUAUCACAGAAAAGAACCUAAUAGAGCUGGUGCAUCAAGUUUCCAUGGGAAUGAAAUAUUUGGAAGAAAAUAAUUUUGUACACAGAGAUUUAGCUGCAAGAAAUGUGCUUCUGGUUACACAACAUUAUGCCAAAAUCAGUGACUUUGGACUUUCAAAAGCUCUUGGUUCUAAUGAUUACUACAAGGCAGAACAUCAUGGCAAAUGGCCAGUUAAAUGGUAUGCUCCAGAAUGCAUGAACUUCUUCAAAUUUUCUAGCAAGAGUGAUGUUUGGAGUUUCGGUGUGUUAAUGUGGGAGACAUUUUCCUUUGGACAAAAGCCAUAUAAGGGUAUGAAAGGAAUUGAUGUUGCACAGAUGAUUGAAAGAGGAGAACGACUGGAAUGUCCAGUGGGUUGCUCAUCUGAUAUCUAUGAAUUAAUGAAAUUGUGUUGGACAUAUAGUGUUGAUGAUCGGCCAUCAUUUUCUACUGUUGAAUUAAAGCUACGCAACUACUACUAUGACAUUGCUCAAUAAAUCUAUUGUGGAAUUUCAGUGAAGACAUCCCAAGAGGCAGAUACAAAAUUUGAUUUUUCAGAUAAGUUGCAGAAGUACUAAAAUGCUCUCCAGAAGAAUCAUUGUGAAAAGACCAUUGCUGUUGAAUUACCUUGCUACUUUUAAAAAAACUUGCUAGUAUCUACAGUAAUAUUUUCAAAGUGAGCUAUUUUGAUAUUCAAGGAUCUGGAAUUAGUUAUGUUUGCUUAAUCUAUUUUAAAAAAUGGAUUGUGUUAGGUUGCUUUCUGUCUUGCUGUUCAAAUGUACCAUCUUUUAUGAUAUCAAAAGAAUGUUUGUAUUCAUCAUUAUUGCUGUUUAGAGAAUCAGAUACUUUCACUUUUGAAAACUCAAAGCAGAGACUGGUUUUAAAUUAGAAAUGAGCUAAUAAAGUUAGAAAUAACAGAUCAUAGCUUUAAAACAUAUGACAUAUAUAUGCAAAACAAAAGCUAUAUUCUCACUUCUGUCAAAUAUUCCCCAUUAGUAUUUAUUAUUUUGUAAAAUAUAAACAUCUAGUAACAAAAUUGGCAAAUUAUUUCAUACAGUAACAACAGAUCCCUAUUAUUGUUUUAAUCUUUAAGGUUGCACUUAUUAAAUAAUAAAAGUAAAAAAAUAAAAAUUAUAGAUGAACUAACAUCAGCGCUUAACCUCAGUCUUUUGUAUCAUAUAAUCAAAACUCUGAUGAGCUCUGGGAACACCGUUUAUUUAGGUCUACUCUAUAUUAAAACCUUAACUGUUUAAUGAGUCAGGCUUGUCUCCUGGAGUACUGCUCAGUAUCUCCAUUUAUUUCCAACAAUAACUCAUAACUCUUCCUGGGAUAAUCAUGCAAAAUUUUCUUUUAUCCUCUCCAUCUGCCUUAACCUGUCUUUCUCCUGUUUCAACCCUUUCUUUUAUUUUUCCCUCUUGACAAACAAAGUCAUAUUUUUUAUUCUAUGUCAAAAGGCAGUGAGCUUUUUUUUGGCUCAGGACUGAAUAAUCAUUUUUGCAUAGUAUUCUUACUGUCUUUAGAUCCAUCAUCUGAACUUGAUUCUCUUGUUCUUUCUCAGUAUCAAUAUACAGUAUAUUAUUGGAAGGACCAUUGUUUUAACUAUUCUGAUCAUUGUUGUCAUCAAAUAUUCUCCUCUAAAAUAUCCUUACCCAUCUAAUCAUAAUACAAACAUAUUCUAGCAACUUCUUUAUAUACGUCUUCCUGUAAUGUUUUUGUCUUGUCCUCAGCCCAUUGAUGAGACAGGCUUAAGUUGUUCUUAUCCAUUAUGUUUUGUAUCUUACAGGGAGAGGAACCCCCUAGUCCGGGGGUCCCCAACCCCCGGUCCAUGGACCGAUACUGAGCCUCAGCCACUUAGGAACCGGGCCACACAGCUGGAGAUGCGCUGAUAGCACGUCUUCCACUUCCAGGCAUGCAGCAAGUCUGCAGGGUUCUGGGCAGGGGUGGGAGAGUGGCAGGGCAGAAGCCAUCUUGCUCAGUGCAAGGUCCUCCAAUGGCUGCACUUGCAACUAGUUUGUAACAUCUGAGCUCUGUGUCCUUCCUCCCUCCCUCCUCCUGUUCCUUCUGCUACCUCUUCUUCUGCCUCCUUCUCCUCCUCUUCCUGGUCUUGAUCCCUCUUCCUUCUGCUACUACUCCUUCCUCCUUCUUUUUUUUUCUCACUUUCCUCCUCCCUCUUCCCGGCCCCCCAGCCGGGCUCACGCUCCCUUUAAGCAACUUUCCAAGUUUGCAAGACAAACAUGCACCAGCCCAGCUUGCAACUGGGAGCUCCCCCAAAGCCUCAUUGGAGGGGGGACACCUCCCCAAGGUAUGUGUGUGUGAGGGUGUCUUUCUCAGAGUGCAAAUAGGGGCAGGGAGAAGCCACCUUUCACCUUAAGCAUUGCAUCUCCAAGGGAUUCUCUCUCUUAUCUACCCCUUUUCUAAGACCGCUGGGCUCCGCUGCACUUCAACUGGAGUUUUUUGCUUUUAUUUUGAUGCUCCAGGUGCCUCGUGUUUGGCAACAUCCUGCCUGCUUUUCGAGGUGUCAUUUGGUGUAUUUGUGUGUGUGUGUGUCCCUCCUUUCUUCGUGUAGUUCUCAAAAUUUGCAAGGCAAGCACACUCCUACCCAGCUUACAAUAGGGGAGGGAGAAGCUACAUUUCCACUUAAGUACUGUGUCUCCAAGGGAAUCCCUCUCUCAUUUGCAUCUUUUCCAAGGCUGCUGGGCUUGCACAGUGCUGAGUUCCUUUGCUCCCUCUCCCUCCCUCCCUCCCCCCUCUCUCUCUCUCUCUCUCAUGGUUUUUUUUUUUCAGCACUUCCUCAGUGUGCUGGGUUUUUGGUUUGUUUUGCUGGAAGGCUGAGUUUAGGAUUAUCUCUUUUCCUUCCCACUUUUUUAGAAGUGAUCUAAUCUAAUACAAUACUAGAAAUAAAGUGGAUUACUUAUUUAUUUAUUUGUUUAGAAAAUUUACCAUAAAUGUAAUGCACUUGAAUCAUUCUGAAACCUUCCCUUGCCCCCCUCCACUUCCCGGUCCAUGGAAAAACUGUCCCCCAUGAAACCGUCCCAGGUGCCAAAAAGGUUGGGGACCUCUGCCCUAGUCAUCCCAAAGUCUAUAAAAUCUUAGAUCCUUCAUGGAGUAUUCUGUCAGCAACACAGUCAGGUGACUUCUAGAGAGUAGGAUUAGCUUCAAGUUCUGGAGUUACACACCUUUUCCCUUCCAUUCCCAGGGAUCUGUCACCAUUCUCUUUUCUUAGCCUUGGAGAAAACACUGGGCAUAGUUGCUCCAGACCCAGCAAUUUCAUCGAUAGCUUAACAAAUUGUGAGGGUUCUCCAGAUCCAGGAAUAGGAAAGGCGAUGGGACAAUACAUUUUAUGCCAGUAUAGAUUUCUGCUGACUCAAACACAGAAAGCCACUUGAAUUAGGUAGUAGGGAAAGGCCAUCUUUGUCUCGGCAUUUAUCCCAAAGAUGAAUGCCUUCUUUACUCAUUAUUCUUACUUUACUCUUUUUUAUAUAAUUGUGAGCCCAAAAGCUGACUUACCAUCUACCAUCUUCAUGACCAACUGUAAGCUCAUGAUUUUAGUUGUGAUAAUGAGGGUAUUAUGAGAAAUCCUUCCAUGGCUGAUAACCAAGAUGCCUUGAUAACAAACAUCUUCAAGUAACCAAAAAGUUCUCAGUUCAGGCAUGGAGAAACUGUUAAUUGAAUUGAUUCCUUUAAUAAGAGUUUCUAAUACUGCAUCUAUUGUGCAAUAGUAUUCUGUGUGCUUUUUGUAUUGUCUGUAAUAUAGGACUAUCAGAAAAAGAUGUUCAUGCCUUAGGUUUCUUGAAAUGUUUCUACUAGACGAUCAUCUUGCCUUAUUCUCAGAACAAUACUGGGUAUUCAGACGGUAGGAUAUAUAUCCAACUAUGCAUGUUUCCCCUGUUAGCUGAACAUCUACCAGCGAAAUAUGUUCUUCUACCAGUGUUCUAUCCAAGGAUGCUGCAGAAGAUUGCAGACACUUGUGGGUAUUGCAAGGAGAAUAAAUGCAAAUUCUUUUGCAUGUCCUUGCACAAUAUAAGUGUAAUUUUAGAUGACCCUUAUUAUCUUAUUUAGAGAGCCAGUUUGGUGUAGUGGUUAAGGCACCAGGAUAGAAAACAGGAGACAAUGUGCAUGAAGCCAGAUGGCUUACCUUGGGCCAAUCACUCUCUCUCAACCCUAGGAAGGAAGGAAGAGCAAACCACUUCUGAAAAAACUUUGCCAAGGAAACUGCAGGGACUUCUCCAGGCAGUCUCUGAGAAUCAGACAGGAACUAAUGGAAGAAAAAAAUAUAUACCUUAGUCCAGGGGUCCCCAACCUAUGGGCCACAGCCCACUACCAGGAUGUGGCCACUUGGCUACCGGGCUGCAUGAAGGGAUGGCUAGUAUUCACCCCUCCCCACUCACGCUAGUGCCGCCCUGAACAACCUGGUGGUGCUAGCACUACCCUGCCCCUGGGUGCCCCACCAACACUAGCGCUGGCCCAAGCAUCCCUCUGGUACUAGUGCUGCCCUGAGCAUCACCAGCACUAGCACAGCCCCACCCCAGAGUGUCUCACUGGCACUAGCGCCACCCCAUUUGCAGCACUCACACCUGAGCAGCCCCAUUUGCAUGUGCGCAUGCAUGUGUGGGGGGAAAUUUUGCGUGCAUACACACACAUGGCCCAUUUGCACGUGCACACGUAGCGGUUCCUGCCUUCCUUUCCAGACCACCAAACCAAAAAGGUUGGAGACCUCUGCCUUAGUCUGUAACUACCUUACAUUUUUGUAAUCUUGCAUCCAUUUCUUACCUCAGAAAGUCCACUAAAAAGGGAAUGUUGGACUAACACCACAAAGCAUUUGAUUGAUAAUAUUAGCAACUCUUUUUUUUUUGGAAACAUUAUUAUUGGCUUAGAAUUUAAUGAUUUCUGUAAUGCUUAAUGAUGCAAUUCCUGAUCAAUAGUAUUUUCUGUAUUUUUUUUAAAUGUUAUUAGGAUUAUAUUUUAAUUCUGGUAUAUGUAGCCAUACAUCCUAUCAUGAAGAUUUAAGAACUAAUAUAAACCAAAUUAUGCAAUAGAAAUUAUAUUAUUUUAAAUAACUGGACAUAAAACAUUUUCACUUUAAUUUAUUUUUAAAUCUCUUUAGGCAUAAAGAAAAACAUUAUGUAAUAAUAGAUUUGAAUAACUUAUACUUAAUUAUCAUUUGUUAAUUUUAUAUACAUUCACAAGAUCUUAUUUUAUCUGUAUCUAUGGCAAAUAUAUUUGUAAUGAGGCAGAUGAAUUCAAGCCCACCUGCAUAUAACAAAUAUUGUCAUAGUAAUAAGAUAAAUGUAUCUAUUUUAAAAUCCUGAUGCAUUUCCUUAAUGAGAAAUACUAUGUGUAGCUUACAUGAAGAUUUCCCAUCUCUGAUUAAACCUCGAUUGUCACAAUCUGUCAACAGUAAAUUGUCACAACAGUCAGCAAUACUGACUUUUGUUAAGCUGAUGUACCUAUCACAAUUGAAAGUGAGGCCUUCUUUCUUACCUGUUUUAGACACCUUAAAAGAUUGAUUCUCUUGUUUGUAAUAAACCUUGGAGAUAAAUGUGUGGCUGACAAGGAUGAUUGAAACCAUGAAAGGACAAUUAGCUGACUGUACAUAGUUUAUGCAAAACAAAACUCAUCUUCAUUUAAACCAGAAACUUACUGUAUACAUCUUGAAUUCCAUGGAGUUUCCAAACAUACUUGCAAGGGCUGUUUUCUAAUUGUCUCUUUAAACUUCUUUGUGGGUUGAAAGAAAAAGGAGCUUCCAUUUCUAGAAAUGAUUCAACAGGGAAACAAUGCAACUCCUUUUAUUUUGACUCUAUUGCCAGAGGGAGGAAAAAAAUCAUAGUAAAUAAACAUUCAGAAUCUCAUCACUACCGGUAACUACUUACUGGAAUUCUUUCUGAGAGGCUUUAAAUGUAAAUGUGUACAAAAGAGAGAACUGCUAUAAUCUUUUCCUCAUCUCGCUUGAGUGUAGAAGAUUAUUUCUUUUGACACUUAAAACUUUUGUAUGAAGAAUGUCUGUGAAAUGUGAGAAAAUAAAGAACAGCCAAAAUAAAGGGUACAUUGGAAUGCAAUUUAAUACAUUAAGACAUUUAAACCUUGACAUUGUUUAAUAUGCAUUUUUAAAUUAUGUUCUGUUUUUAUCAUCCACAAAUGAACAGAGUAUGUUUUUGUCACCUUAUUUCCACUGUCUGCAGUUUUUAAAGAUACAUUUGUUUUCACCUAGUUUUAUCCCCUCAGUCUACAAUUUCAGUUUCUGUAUGAAGUGCUAUUUUAGAUUAAAAGAUAUUUUACA